AUGAUGUCGCCAUCGAACGCCCAAGAAGACGCCAAAUUAGACGCAAUGCAACGUUCAUGGCAAUCGAAAAGAAGCCGAUCUUUGAGCCUUUUCGAGGACUUGUCUUCCGAUUCGCAACUAUUAGCCAUGCCCCAGGCCUCGUGCAGCCCCAGCACCAAGUCGCUUUUCUCGGCCCUCCAGCCCAAAGGCAAGGAGGAGGAGGGAGAGGUUUACUCCCUGGCGAGCCUACAGGAGCAAGUUGUUCCCGAAAUAUUGGAACAAGUCGAACAACAACCGACAUAUACCGUUUUAGACGCGUCCACAGUUGGGGACUUCCCCGCUGUUUAUACCGUGUGUUCCCCCGAGCGGCACCAAAUGCCCGCAGUUGGGGUUUUCGUCGACAAGCGCAUAGUCCCUGGUUUUAAAUACCGCGUCCGGCCUUUGCCCCAAAUCGGCCAAGACCCCACAAUGCACAAGUGCCUCUUCAAUGACUCUGCCCUGACUUUGAAAAGCAUCGGUCGGGGCUACGCCCGCAGAUUCACUUUCGAGGCCACUGAUAGUCUCAACAACAACGAAAACUACUUCUGGAGCGACAACCGGCCCGAAGGCUACGCGUUCGAGCUGGAGGUCAUCUCCGAAGGGGACAAGUUCACCAUCUUCGACAUCAACAAAGAGGCGCAAGGCACCGUGGAGGUGCUACAGCUGGAAGGACCUCAAUUUGAAAUUAGUAAUGUUUACAGCAGGCAAAAUAUCGAGAAACGGGCCAAUGUUAGGUUUACGGGUAAGGUUGAGUUUUACGAAACGGGAGUGGCGAAGCCGAUGCCUCUGAGCGGACUGGCGCUGGCUGUGAAGUACAAGCACAAGGGGGCUGCCGAGAUCGUUAAAGUCCAAAAUGUCGUGAUAAACAAACAGAGGUACACCCUACUCCCAGGCAUCCAGAAAAUACACAGGAGAGUCACCGUUAAAGGGCGGGACAUUAACGACGUCCCCACUCAAUAUUCCAUGCACGGACUGGAGCCCUACGAACUCCCCGUUGUUGGUACUUAUGUGGAUCCCCGAGUCAUCCCAGGAUUCCACUACAAGGUCAGGCCAAGUGACAGGAAAGAACACUUGUUUGGUGGACGCGCUUUGAAGCUUUUAAGUAUCGGAAUGGGUUAUGCCAAACGAUUGACCUUCGAACCUGACUCUCUGCUCAACCCUGACAAUUAUCUAUGGUCUGAUAACCAUCCCGAUGGUCUCGGUUUGGAAAUCAGAGCCGUUCAUAAAGACAUGAAGUUUGUAAUCAAAGCUGGGGACCAGAUUUUGGGUGAAGCUACAGUUUGGCGAGCUGACAAGCCUCAAAUUGAGGAAAAAAUGGAGAAGGUUAAGACGCAGUCUGGCAAGCACGCGAUUGAGAAAUACGUCCACAUUGACGUCAUGUGCCACAUUGCCAUUGCUAUUCCCGGUGGAGGAUGUGACGAAAGCAGCGAGAGAUUGAUGCGCGUCUAUGGCUUGGCUGUGGUGCGAAAAGAGCCCAACAGAAAUGAAGCUCACGUUAUUAGGGUAGAGAAUGUCGGUUUGGACUCGCAACUGAACGUUUUGUUCGCACAAACUCACACUGAACUGACAUUCUUCCCCAAAAAAUAAUCUCACCUCAUUUAUACUACUUAACGCCACACUCCAUGGUAGUUGCAAUAUUGUGAUUUCUUAGGAUUUAGUGUUAAGUUAUUUUGUAUUUGCCUACUUAUGUACACUUAUUAAUAAAUGAUUUUUGCAAUAAAAA